AUCUGUCCAUAUUAGUGGAAAUGUAACUGGAACUGACUCUGGUGAUAAAAUCAAGGACCAUCAGCAAGAGCAUGCAGUAGGAAAUUUUGGCUCCAAAUGAAGACACCAACAUUUAGAAUUUCUACUUUUUCUAAGUUGUUUGCGUAAUUGGCCUUAAAUGAGGUGAGAGUGAAGAAACUAGAGCCAUCUCUGGAAACCUCGCUACCCCACUCCCCUGGAAGGUACCCUCCGGAGUACUAGAUUUGACCAUAUCUGUUUUGAGGACUCAUUAUGAACAAAGAAGUCUCCCAGGUGUGAAGUUUUUCAACAUGAGUGGCCUCGGGGACAGUUCAUCCGACCCUGCUAACCCAGACUCACAUAAGAGGAAAGGAUCGCCAUGUGACACACUGGCAUCAAGCACUGAAAAGAGGCGCAGGGAGCAAGAAAAUAAAUAUUUAGAAGAGCUAGCUGAGUUACUGUCUGCCAACAUCAGUGACAUUGACAGUUUGAGUGUAAAGCCAGACAAAUGCAAGAUUUUGAAGAAGACAGUCGAUCAGAUACAGCUAAUGAAAAGAAUGGAACAAGAGAAAUCCACAACCGAUGAUGAAGUGCAGAAGUCAGACAUCUCGUCCAGCAGUCAGGGAGUGAUAGAAAAGGAAUCCCUCGGACCUCUUCUUUUGGAGGCUUUGGAUGGAUUUUUCUUUGUUGUGAACUGUGAAGGGAGAAUUGUAUUUGUGUCAGAGAAUGUGACCAGCUACUUGGGUUACAAUCAGGAGGAAUUAAUGAAUACCAGUGUCUACAGCAUACUGCAUGUGGGGGAUCAUGCAGAAUUUGUGAAGAAUCUGCUCCCAAAAUCACUAGUAAAUGGAGUUCCUUGGCCUCAGGAGGCAACACGACGAAAUAGCCAUACCUUUAACUGCAGGAUGCUAAUUCACCCUCCAGAUGAGCCAGGCACCGAGAACCAAGAAGCUUGCCAGCGGUAUGAAGUCAUGCAGUGUUUCACUGUGUCACAGCCAAAAUCAAUUCAAGAGGAUGGAGAAGAUUUCCAGUCAUGUUUGAUUUGUAUUGCACGGCGAUUACCUCGGCCUCCAACUAUUACAGGUGUAGAAUCCUUUAUGACCAAGCAAGAUACUACAGGUAAAAUCAUCUCUAUUGAUACCAGUUCCCUGAGAGCUGCCGGCAGAACUGGCUGGGAAGAUUUAGUGAGGAAGUGCAUUUAUGCUUUUUUCCAGCCCCAGGGCAGAGAACCAUCUUAUGCCAGACAACUAUUUCAAGAAGUGAUGACUCGUGGCACUGCCUCCAGCCCAUCCUAUAGAUUCAUAUUGAAUGAUGGGACAAUGCUUAGCGCCCACACCAAGUGUAAACUUUGCUACCCUCAAAGUCCAGACAUGCAACCUUUCAUCAUGGGAAUUCAUAUCAUCGACAGGGAACACAGUGGUCUUUCUCCUCAAGAUGACACUAAUUCUGGAAUGUCAAUUCCCCGAGUAAACCCCUCCGUCAAUUCUAGUAUCUCGCCAGCUCAUGGUGUGGCCCGUUCAUCCACAUUGCCACCAUCCAGCAACAACAUGGUAUCCCCCAGAGUAAACCGCCAACAGAGCUCAGACCUCCAUAGCAGCAGUCAUAGUAAUUCUAGCAACAGCCAAGGGAGUUUUGGAUGCUCACCUGGAAAUCAGAUUGUAGCCAGUGUUGCCUUAAACCAGGGACAGGCCAGUUCCCAGAGCACUAACCCCUCUUUAAACCUCAAUAAUUCUCCUAUGGAAGGUACAGGAAUAUCUCUCGCACAGUUCAUGUCUCCGAGGAGACAAGUUAGUUCUGGAUUGGCACCAAGGCCCAGGAUGCCAAACAAUUCGUUCCCUCCUAAUAUUCCGACAUUAAGCUCCCCCGUUGUCAUGACAGGUACUGCCUGUAAUAAUAAUAACCGAUCUUACUCAAACAUCCCAGUAACAUCUUUACAGAGCAUGAAUGAAGGACCCAAUAACUCUGUUGGCUUCUCUGCCAGUUCUCCAGUCCUCAGGCAGAUGAGCUCACAGAAUUCACCUAGCAGAUUAAAUAUACAACCAGCAAAAGCUGAGUCCAAAGAUAACAAAGAGAUUGCAUCCAUUUUAAAUGAAAUGAUUCAGUCUGACAACAGCUCUAGUGAUGGCAAACCUCUGGAUUCUGGGCUUCUGCAUAACAAUGACAGACUCUCAGAUGGAGACAAUAAAUACUCUCAGACCAGUCACAAACUAGUGCAGCUUUUGACCACAACUGCAGAGCAGCAGCUACGGCACGCUGAUAUAGACACAAGCUGCAAAGAGGUACUAUCUUGCUCAGGCACUUCCGGCUCUGCCUCUGCUAACUCUUCAAGCGGUUCUUGCCCCUCCUCUCACAGCUCGCUGACGGAGCGGCACAAAAUUUUGCACCGGCUCCUACAGGAGGGUAGCCCCUCGGAUAUCACCACUUUGUCUGUUGAGCCUGAUAAAAAGGACAGUUCAUCUACUUCUGUAUCCGUGACUGGACAGGGACAAGGGAGCUCAAGUGUAAAACUAGAACUGGAUGCUUCAAAGAAAAAAGAAUCAAAAGACCAUCAGCUUCUACGGUAUCUUUUAGAUAAAGAUGAGAAAGAUUUAAGAUCAACUCCAAACCUGAGCCUGGAUGAUGUAAAAGUGAAAGUGGAAAAGAAAGAACAGAUGGAUCCUUGUAACACAAACCCCACCCCAAUGACCAAACCUGCUCCUGAGGAAAUUAAACUGGAGUCCCAGAGCCAGUUUACAGCUGACCUUGACCAGUUUGAUCAGUUACUACCCACGCUGGAGAAGGCAGCCCAGUUGCCAGGCUUAUGCGAACCAGAGAGGAUGGAUGGUGCGGUCACCAAUGUAACCAUCAAAUCAGAGACCCUGCCAACUUCACUUCAGUCCACCACUGCCAGACCCACUUCCAGGCUGAAUAGAUUGCCGGAGCUGGAAUUGGAAGCAAUUGAUAACCAAUUUGGACAGCCAGGAACAGGUGAUCAGAUUCCAUGGGCAAAUAAUACAGUGACUGCUGUAAAUCAGAAUAAACCAGAAGACCAGUGUAUUAGUUCACAAUUAGAUGAGCUUCUCUGUCCACCAACAACAGUAGAAGGAAGAAAUGAUGAGAAGGCUCUUCUUGAACAGCUAGUGUCCUUCCUCAGCGGCAAAGAUGAAACUGAGCUAGCUGAACUAGAUAGAGCUCUGGGAAUUGACAAACUUGUCCAGGGAGGUGGAUUAGAUGUCUUAUCAGAGAGAUUUCCACCACAACAAGCAACACCACCUUUGAUGAUGGAAGAAAGACCCAACCUUUAUUCCCAGCCUUAUUCUUCUCCUUCACCUACUGCCAAUCUUUCUAGCCCUUUCCAAGGCAUGGUCAGGCAAAAACCUUCAUUGGGGACUAUGCCUGUCCAAGUGACACCUCCCCGAGGCGCUUUUUCACCCGGCAUGGGCAUGCCACCCCGGCAGACUCUGAACAGACCUCCAGCUGCGCCCAACCAGCUGCGGCUUCAGCUUCAGCAGCGCUUGCAGGGGCAACAGCAGUUGAUCCACCAAAAUCGGCAAGCUAUCUUGAACCAGUUUGCAGCAAAUGCUCCAGUUGGCAUCAAUAUGAGAUCAGGCAUGCAGCAGCAAAUUACACCUCAGCCACCCCUGAACGCCCAGAUGUUGGCACAGCGCCAGCGGGAGUUGUACAGCCAACAGCACCGACAGAGGCAGCUAAUACAGCAGCAAAGAGCCAUGCUCAUGAGGCAACAAAGCUUUGGGAACAACCUCCCUCCCUCAUCUGGACUGCCAGUUCAAAUGGGGAACCCCCGUCUUCCUCAGGGUGCUCCGCAGCAAUUUCCCUACCCCCCAAACUAUGGUACAAAUCCAGGAACCCCACCUGCUUCAACCAGCCCGUUUUCACAACUGGCAGCAAAUCCUGAGUCAACUUUGGCCAACCGCAACAGCAUGGUGAACAGAGGCAUGGCAGGAAACAUGGGAGGACAGUUUGGCACUGGAAUCAAUCCUCAGAUGCAGCAGAAUGUCUUCCAGUAUCCAGGAUCAGGAAUGGUUCCCCAAGGUGAGGCCAACUUUGCUCCAUCUCUGAGCCCGGGGAGCUCCAUGGUGCCGAUGCCAAUUCCUCCUCCUCAGAGCUCUCUGCUCCAGCCAACUCCACCCUCUUCUGGGUACCAGUCACCAGACAUGAAGGCCUGGCAGCAAGGUGCAAUGGGAAACAACAAUGUGUUCAGUCAAGCUGUCCAGAACCAGCCCACGCCUGCGCAGCCGGGCGUGUACAACAACAUGAGCAUCACCGUGUCCAUGGCAGGUGGAAACACAAAUGUUCAGAACAUAAACCCAAUGAUGGGCCAGAUGCAGAUGAGCUCUUUGCAGAUGCCAGGAAUGAACACUGUGUGCCCCGAGCAGAUAAAUGAUCCAGCACUGAGACACACAGGCCUCUACUGCAACCAGCUCUCAUCCACUGACCUUCUCAAAACAGAAACAGAUGGAACCCAGGACAAGAAGACAGAAGAGUUCUUCUCUGUGGUGACUACAGACUAGAGGAAUGCUCUACAGGUGCAACAGGUUCAGGUGUUUGCUGACGUCCAGUGUACAGUGAAUCUGGUAGGCGGGGACCCUUACCUGAACCAGCCUGGUCCACUGGGAACUCAAAAACCCACGGCAGGACCACAGACCCCCCAAGCCCAGCAGAAGAGCCUCCUUCAGCAGCUACUGACUGAAUAACCACUUUUAAAGGAAUGUGAAAUUUAAAUAAUAGACAUACAGAGAUAUACAAAUAUAUUAUAUAUUUUUCUGAGAUUUUUGAUAUCUCAAUCUGCAGCCAUUCUUCAGGUCGUAGCAUUUGGAGCAAAAAAAAAAAAAAAAGGAAUUCACUUUUGUUGGAAGAUUGAGAGGUGUUUUUGUUUCUUUCUUUGUAAAGGCCUUGGAUAUUGAAAAAAAAAUAACAAGGCAGAACAGUUGGACAAUCUAUUUCUUGAGCCAAAUUUAAUUAUUCUUAUUUUUGUAAUCAGUCAUUGGCUUCUUAUCUGGAUGAAGGCUUUUGGAGGAGAACCAAAAUGACAAGUUCCAAGGGGAAGAUGAAGCCCCACCUCUGCUGGCUCAGUCCUGACCCUGACAAGGAAGAAGGGCCCAGUGGGGCUUUGCCUGUGCCCAUCCACCAAAGGCUGUCACGUGUGUCUAAAUCAGCAGCCCUCCCCUUCCCGACCCUGGCAGCUUGUGUGUACAAUCAGCUUCUUCUAGCAACUCUAUCUGUUGGCUUCAAGAGAAUAUUUUGCCUCCCAUAUGUACCCCUUCUUUUUUUAAAGAUGGAUUUAAACCAAGAUGCCUCCAGGAACGAGGACGAAAUGAGUAUAUUCACAGAGGAAUCCAAAAAAUACAGUUUGGGGGAAAAUGCAAUAAUUUUUGAUGAGAUGGGUGAAGGACAAGAAGCGAGUUCUGUCAAUUAUUGUAGAUACAAUUUUUCUGAUUAAAUCUGGAAAAAAAGGCAGCCUGUUCUUUCUGCUUUUAUUGUAUUAACAGCUAAGGUAGCUAAAGUUAUUUAAAAUAAAAUUAAAUUUAUGAUCCAAGUAGCUUAUUUUUCCCUUUAAAUCUCACUGUAAAUAUAUUUGAUUUCUCGUAGAAAUUGAUUUCCUUCUGUUUAAUUUUAUGGUUUUAUUAUCAUACUCUUGAUUUUUCUAAACUUGUGUGUGAAUAUAUCAUUGACUGAAUUGCAGUUACAUUUGGCUAGUGAUAUUUCAUUAUUUUACUAACUGUGAUGCCAUGUAUGGAUUUACUUUGCAGUUCACAUCAAAAUGCCACUGCCAGAAAGAGCUGUUGGAGAUGAGCUAGCGCACACUGCCCUAGAGUGUCCCUGGGAUCAAGUACCUUGAGACAGUGCAAGGAGUUAACACCAGAAGUGCACACGCUACUUGUACAGAGAAAAAUUAGUACUCAAAGAAAAUUUUCCUGUGUUUUAGAUUGACUGUGGGGAUUUGAAUUUUCAUCAGUGCAAAUAUAAAUUUCUCUAUCCUACUCUGAGGCUAAUUGGUACCGUAUUUUCCCUUUGUGUCUUGUCACUCUGCCACGUCUUGUCUCAUCCUGGCCUCUGAGUCAAGGACCCAGUGAACUGCCUCUAGUUCUAGAAGUUCCACUGCAAGGCCAGGAAAGCUUGAGAAGGGUAUUGUGGAAGAAGCAAAGGUAGACCCCCAUCACUCGCCUUUACCUGCACCCCGGGCCUGUGAAUGAUGACAGCAUCUGACAUCGUGCACCAGCUACCUCUGCUUCCACAGCAGAGCAAAGGCCAUAAGAACUAAGAACGGAUGAGGAGCAUGGACUCAGACACCAAGGAAGAAGCCAUUUUCCCAGGUCCUCCUUUGUGCAUCUCACCACCCCUAGUUACAGAUAACUCCACUGAACAGCAUCUACUCAGAAACUAUACCGAAUAAAAAGAUUGCUGGAAGGGCUCACAUGGGUAGCAACUAUGAAACAGAAAUAGGACACUCAGUUACAAACAUUAUCUCUUUUAGUUUUUCAGAAAAUGCAUCCCUGAUUUCAUUCAUUCCCAGCUUGAACGCCCAGCCAUAUUACUCUAGUCCUUACCAAACUGCUCUAGGAGGUCAUUUCUGUUUUGUUUGUGAUAUUUAGAUGUGCAGACUUCAGGAAGUUCACCUUUAACUUCAGCAUUCCAGAUGAAGUUUCCUGACUCAGUGCUUUUGCAUAAGGAACUAGUUUUAAAAAGUGGUAAGGAAAAUUGGAGAUGCUAAUAACAUCCUCCCCAUCCCAGCUGCACCUUAAAGUAUGCAUGUCACCUUCAAGGUUUUAUAAUUGCACUGUUUGUUUUAUGUAUGUACAGAUUAAAAUUAUUGCUACAUUUGAGGAAAAUAAAAUUGCUUGCUUCUAUGUAAUUCCUGUCAUUCCACAGGAAAUUCACUUUUCCAGCUCCUGAAUAGAAUUUGUUUAACAACC